UGUCCCUUGCCAACCGCAGCGUAUCACGCCAUGGCGGAUGCUGGAGCUGUGGAAGCCGCGGGGGAAGAGGAGCAAGGCGGGUUUUUCUCCAACCCCGCGCGGAUUCUGCUGCAGCUGUUCUUCUUCACCACAGUCAUGAACCUCAUGCAGCGUGGGAAGACUCCGGCGCCCAGCGAAGGCCCCGAGCUGGCCGCCGCCAAGCCCCAGGGCUUCCGCAACUUGUACGGCCUCAACGAGGACUGUGACCUUUUCGUGCACUACAGCUUCCACGAGAAGGCUCCAGCUUCGGAGCUGCUGCUGAACUCCUCCCUCGCCCUGGCAGAAGGCUACCACCGCCUCUGGCGCCACAGCGUGGAGUACGACUCCAACGCGACCGCGGAGUCGGUUUCAGUGGAUGUGGGCCCUCUGCCUGCGAAGGCCCUAGAGCUGGACGGUCCACUGCCGCACCUCCAUGCAACGCUGCUGCGGAGGAGCGCGGUGGUGAUGGUGCAGCAGCAUCAAGAGCUGCCGCCGGAGGAGGUGGUGCAAAGCUCACUGCCCUUGGUGGUCACCCUAAAGGACCUGGACUUCUACUCAGUGCUGGAAGAGGAGCUGGAGAUCCUACGAGCGCUUUGGAUCCCAAUUGGAUCCAUCGAUGUUCCGGACAACUCAGCCAUCUAUGGCGAAGAGCCUGUGCGAUUGGUGCAGCGGAAGACGGAAGAGGAGAACCGGCCUGUGUGCUGCAUUGAAGUGGACCUUGAGCCGAUGACAGACGAAGGCGUGCAGUUGGUGUCGGUGACCUUGCUGCUGAGCGUCCCCAAGGGCUACCCUCUGGAGGCCGUGCCGUUGGUCUCUGUGGAGAAAAGCCGAGGCAUCGGUGACGUUGCGACAGAGGCCAUGAUGGAUGCAGUCGGCGCCUCAGUGUUCGACGGCAGGGAAACCAGCGCCACUUCUCAGGCGAAGAAGGCGGUGACCCAGCACGGGCUCCAGGAGGACGGCUGCCUCGCCCCUCUACUCUCAGAGGCGCGCCGGCUUUGA